GUAAUCUAAUCUCUCAUCGGUGAUUCAAUCGCUCUUUCUCUUAUAAUCCUCCGACGCCAUGGAAAAUGAUGAUAAACGAACGCCCACUCUUCGCGAAAUUAACAACAUGUUGAAUGAACGACUACAUAUGAUUACUAGCGCAGUACCACUACCUCCUAUGGCACCCCCUGCAACCGGCGCUCAAGGACCGACCCCACAUCAUGGUUCGACCAGGUUAAAACCCCUCAAAUCUCCAAUCCAAGAAGGCAAACUCUCUGUGAUUGAAAGAUCAAAGCAGCUUGCAGCAUGGACUGCUGUAGAUGAGCAUGUCCUUCCGGAAUACCGGGUUAUUGGGAUUGGAUCUGGCUCCACCGUUCCAUAUGUCGUCGAAAGAAUUGUCAGUCAAGGUGCAGAAGCCAACAAGGAUCGAGUAUUCAUACCCACUGGUUUCCAAUCCAAAGAAUUAAUUGUAUCGUCGGGCCUAAGCUUAGGAGACGUUGAUCAGUACCCAACCAUUGAUGUGACUCUGGAUGGUGCAGACGAAGUUGACACUCAACUCAACUGCAUAAAAGGAGGAGGUGCCUGUCAUCUCAGAGAAAAAGUGCUGGCCGAGGCCGCUACAACGUUCAUCCUUGUUGCUGAUUAUCGCAAGAAUGUUGAAUACCUGGGAACGAACUUCAAAGCAGGUGUACCCAUUGAAGUUGUACCCUUUGCCUAUGCAAAAGUACUGCAAAACUUGCAUCAAGUCUUGAACUCUCCGAAGGCCACAUUACGAAUGGCAGUUGCUAAAGCUGGGCCGGUCGUAUCCGACAACGGAAACUUCAUUAUCGAUGCACCUUUCGAUGUGGAGAGAAUGAAAGAGCCCUAUAAGAUCAUGGCCCAAAUCAAAAUGCUUACUGGUGUUGUUGAGGUCGGGCUAUUCUGUCAUAUGGCUCGAGCUGCGUACUUUGGAAAUCAGGACGGUAGUGUAACCGCCAAGUGGAAUGACGGAAAGAUCCAAGAAAUUCCAGCAACCAACUCUUGAUUUUCAGAUCUGUGCCAGGUAGCGCUAUAAUGUAAUUAGAAGCAGACGCGAUUUAGACGGCAUGUACUACACAUGGAGUAAUUAGAGACACAGUUGUAUACUAAAUUGUACUGCAAUACUUCAGGUAGUGAGAUGAACUUCGUACAAUUUUGUCCUCGGCCCACGAUUUCCGCGUACGAAGUUCAUCCUGUACUCGGCCGUGGACAUCGGUUCGAAAUCUAUCUUUCCACCGUUGAAGAUCAACAGGUUGGAAUAGGAUUAUCGCUGCUCAGCGCGUUCAGAGCGGGAAGAAUGAGUCACUGAUAAAAUCUCCUUAC